AUGUUACUCUUCUGCGCCUUGCUGCUUUUUGCACAGAACACAGCUUCAGCAACUCCGGAUCCUGAGGUAGCGUGGUAUUCAGCCCCCAACUCCCGUGGAACGUGGGAUCUUAUCGUUUCCUGCGUGCUGACACUGGUGAUUUGUGUCUGGUCAGCCUUGCACCUCAACGUCCCAGUGGAGACGUCACGGCUCAGAGAGCGGAACAUCAGACGACUGCGGUGGGUUCUGCUUGGCAUAUUCGCUCCCGAGGUCGUUGUCAGCACUGCAUUCGCACAGUUCCUGACCGCUAGGUGGCUGAGAAACGAGAUUCGAGCAGACAUUGAGGCGUCUGAGGAGUGGAGCCUUUCGCAAUGCUAUUUUGCUGUCAUGGGUGGCAUCGUCAUCGAGACAGGCGCCUACAUUGCGGAUGAACCACACCUGAGCAUCACAGCUGAAGGUGUACGACUACUCUCGUUUCUGGACAAAUUACCGAAAAUCAACAAUGGCGAAGUUCGCGAUAAGAGCAAGGCAGAUGACUUGGCUAAGUUUCUUGUCGUUCUGCAGGCAGGCUGGAUGAUCAUCCAGUGCAUUGCACGAGUAGCGCAAGACCUACCAGUCACUCUGUUGGAGGUCAACACGAUUGGCCACGUCGUUUGCGCGUUCGCCCUUUACAUGUUAUGGUGGAGAAAGCCUUUGGACAUCAAAGAUCCGCACAAGAUCGUUGGGGAGCAUGGGCUCGACAAGCAUAUUGCCUUGAUGUACAUGUGCAGCCCUAAGGUGUUUUUUACUUGGUCCACACUGGGCAUUUUCGUCGGCGAGCCCAUCUACAUCGCGGACCGCGUCCCCAACUUCCCGGGCUUCUCGUAUCUUGGGAGUGUCAACGUACAACGCGACAUUUUGAAGACUGUCGUGGCUUUUGCCGGAGCCGCAUAUGGUGGUCUGCACCUCUCUGCGUGGAACGACUACUUUCCAACACAAGCUGAGAGGAUCAUGUGGAUAGCGAGCGCCUGCGCCACUGGCCUCACAGGUCUCGUGCUGGCGCUGUUCUUUCUUGCAACGAACAAGCUCCAGCAGCUCGAAGCCGCAGAAAACCGUAUGCGCAACAAUAAACGAUUCAAGGCUUUCUUGAAAGGAGUGCUAGUCCCAUUGUUCGUGGCAGCCAGAGUCUUCAUCGUCGUGGAGGCUUUCAUCUGCCUUAGACGCCAGCCGGAAGCCAUUUAUAAGACGCCGGAGUGGAGCAACUAUAUCCCUCAUCUAUGA